GAAAAAUCUGAAUAUUGGUUCUUCGUAAUUUUUAUGCUACUGCGAUUAACAGAAUUAGAUCAGAAGAAGAUUAAAGUGGAAGAAAAGGUGGAGGCAGUGAAUAAAUAUGACCCCCCUCCUGAAGUGGUUGCGGCUCAAGAUCACCUGACUCAUGUUUGCAAUAGCGUGAUGCAGCCGCAGCGGAUCUUUGACAGCACUCUUCCCAGUCUGGAUGCCCCUUAUCCUAUGUUGAUAUUAGCUGGUCCUCAAGCUUGUGGUAAACGAGAACUUGCCCACCGCCUCUGCAGACAGUUUAGUACUUACUUCAGAUACGGGGCCUGUCACACCACAAGACCACCUUACUUUGGAGAAGGGGAUCGAGUUGAUUAUCAUUUUAUCUCUCAAGAAGUUUUUGAUGAAAUGCUAAACAUGGGGAAAUUUAUUCUAACAUUUGAUUACGGGAAUCACAAGUAUGGAUUAAAUAGGGACACCAUAGAAGGUAUCGCCAGAGAUGGUUUAGCAAGCUGUAUUCAUAUGGAAAUAGAAGGUGUAAGAAGUUUGAAAUGUUCCUAUUUUGAGCCUCGAUAUAUCCUGGUGGUGCCCAUGAACAAGGAAAAAUAUGAGGGAUACUUGAGGAGAAAAGGACUAUUCAGUCGUGCAGAAAUUGAAUUUGCCGUCUCCAGAGUGAACCUUUAUAUUAAAAUUAAUCAGAAAUGGCCAGGAUAUUUUGAUGCAGUAAUCAAUGCAG